UCGCCCCCGUGUCAGACUCAGCCCCACACGGCCCCGGAGCCUCCCGCUGACCCGCGGGGGGACCUGCCCAGCCCGCCCCCCAUGUGCUGGGAAAGGAGCCCGCUGCUCUCUUACAGGGGAUGCGUAAAGACCUCCAUCCCCGCGGACUGUGUCUUUCAGGGACCGUCAUGCAGAAGAUGGAGUCGGAGCAACUGGAGAGGCUGCGUCAUGCAAACCAAGACCUUCUGCAAAGGCUCAAGGUGAAGCAGGAAGAAAUCAAGAAAAGACUUCCUCGCAAGCCACUGUCUUCAUCCUCUCUUUCCAGAAGAACAACUCCUGCAGAGAGAGCUGUCCCUGUUCCUAAGAGAGGGAAGGAGAACCACGUCCGUGCGACGAAGGGCACACCGGACCCCGUGACGCUAGUGUCUGUGGAACCCGGAGCCAGCGCAGCCAGGGCAGCCCUUCAUUCGCCAUUGAAACCCGCAGCGUGCGGCAGGGAGGGGAGGGGUGUGCUGCACCGCAGAGCGGGGGCGCAUCCGGGUUCCCCCAGGGCAGAACGAAGCUUCACACCGGCAGCAUCCAUCACCAGAGAAACCUCCAGAGUGGCCAGAGACGGCAAUGCCCUGAGAAACCCAGGGGAAGAAUCCACCCCUGUGAAACACAGAGAGAGCAGACAGCAAUCCACCGUGCUCCGUGGCGCCCCGGAGAGGGGCGGGCUAUGGGCUGAGGCAGAGACGGUGCUGGGCAGGACCCCAGCGGAAGGGAAUGGCCGGCGGCAAACGGCCAUUAGAGACUCCAGGACUCCCAAAUCAAUCCUGCUGACACCUGGGGGGAAAGAAGUCAAGAAGGAAGCAGGCCGAGUGACUUUUCUGUCAGACCCUGAGGAAUACACCAUCCCCGCCGAUAGCUGGUCAGCACGUCCUUUCUUGGGGUACGACUGGAUUGCAGGGCUGCUGGAGAUGGACUCGUCGUUGUCCGAGAAAUCUGAGCAGUACUUCUCUGAGCUCCGGGAGUUCCGGCAGGUGAACAAGGAAGCGUGUGUCCACGAGGAAGACCUGGGGCCAGAGGCACCGGAUUACUUGGCUCCUGAACAAGAAGCAGAUUUGGUUUCCAGUUCCCAUCAGUGUGUUUAUUGCUAUCGAUUAAACAGGUGCCUGUUUACAGUCCCUGUGGAUUCCCAGUCUGCCUGCCCCGUGUGUAAGACCCCGAGAGCCCGACGGCCUCCGGAGACGCUGGAGGAACCAGCCUACGUCAGGGUCAGCAUUCCCAGGUCCACCCUCCUGCCUGCCUAUAAGUACAAAAUCCAUCGCAGGAAGAGCUUUGAACCAGCAGAUGAUCUGGCUUUACCCUCGCACUGCCUGGCCGGUUGGGAGAACGUCGUCCCUUCCAGCAGCCCCACGCUUAGCAGUUUGGAUCUGCGAACUUCACUGCAACAAAAGCCCACUGACCAUUCUCACCUGACCUUGGCGUCCCGAAUGUCCGGAGGAACCAGAACGGACCAGCUCCUAAACCUGUCCCGCUCAGCUCAUUUCAGACUUAGUAAUGCUUCUCGGCAGAGAGCUCCAGACAAGCCACUAUGCUACAGAGCAACUCCUAAUUAAAGUCCUACUGUCUCAACCGUAUGAGCUGCUGACCUGAUUACCCAGGGCCCAUGGGGGAUACUGGGAGUGAGUAAAAAUGAUGGUGUUUGCCUAAAAAUGAACCUUUAGAGGAGGGAUUUUUUCCAAGCCCUGCAAGUGCAAACGCCCUCGCAAAAAUCCUCAUGCACGUGUGUGUUGGAAUUGUGCAAGCUGCGAUUAGACAAUGGCAGAAAUUGCUUGCAGUUGGCCAGUUUUGGCCUCUAACCGGCCCUUUGUACAUACAAUCACCGCAGUUGUGCUUUCCCAUCCAGGGAUGUAAACUAAGUGUAAGUGGUCAGUUGCUAUAAGAGACAUCUGGUAGGUUUGAGAAAACAGGAUGACUAGUCCUGUUCCCUGUAAUAGAACAGCCAUUGGGUGUAUUGCAAUAGACACGUACAGAGCGUUCAUCCGCCCAACUCAUAAAAGUGAUACGGUUGACUCAUCAAACCAAGAAUUCUGACUCUCUGGACAAGAAGUUGGGACUGUAAAGCUGCAGCAUGAGGUAUGCAAAGAUACUCAAUUUCAUGCUUCCAGGAAUUUGGGAACAUGAUUAAUUCUUACAUUAAAGAAGAGUGACGGUGCUUUAGUUCCAAUAAGAAAAACAUGUUUGUUUUUGUGCAUUAUCUUUGGACAGAGGAUUUGGUAGAUCAUGUUCAGCAUAGAUCUGUGUGUGUGUGGGGGGGGGGGGGGUAGGAAGAAACCAUUGUCAAAGAAAGAGGUGUUUUAUGAAUCACAAAGCCACAAAAUGCCUUCCAACAUUCUGAUGUCAUGUUUACCUCUGAUUGUAAAAAGGCUGGUGGGAAGGCAUUUUGAAGACCUGCUCAUGGGGGUUUUUAAUUGCAUUGAAAUAAUGUGGGAGAGUUUGUUUGAGGUGUGUAAUGUGGUGUGGUUUUAUUUUCCCUUUAGGAAACAAUAAAAAAGGAGUUUUAUAUUUUCUAGUAUAACACCUGGAAUGUAGAGUUCUAUCAUAGGAAUUCUAUGGAUUGUAGAAUUAACUCAUAAGUAAGACUACGAUUUACUUACGGGUAUUUUUAGUAUAGUCAGUAUAGCAUAUACUAUAAUAUAGUAUAUAUUUAUAGUAGACAGGUCACGGAAAUAAACAAAAAAAUUCGUGCCCGUGACCUAGCUAUGACUUAUACGAUAAAUACUCCUGGCUAAAUCUUGGGAGGCUGUUACUGUGGAGGACAUCCUCGGGGGCUGCUGCUGCAGGGGGCCUCUGGAGCAGCUGCUGCUCCAGCCACCCCACGAACUGCUGCUUGGGCGGUCCCCAGGGCCAGCUCCAGCUGCAGUUGGUGUGGCUGGCUGCAGGGCCACCCGAGCAGCUGGUCCCGGAGCCAGCUGCUUAGGCGGCCCUGGGGUCAGCCACACUGGCCACUGCAGAAGUCAUGGAGGUCACGGAAUCCGUGACUGACAAAGAGCCCUACUCAUAAGAGUAUUUAGAAACCUUGGUCCAAACCUAUCCAUAGCGUGUAACACAAUUGACUUCUAUGGGCUUACCCCAGGGAUGAGUUUGGCUCAUUGUCUAUUAGUGUUACAGAGCUUACUACAGGUGCAAAAUGUAGGUUGUGAAUUUUUUUUUAAAAAAGCGGGAAUUAAUUUUACAAGACUAUGAAUGGAAUAAUUUUAAUAUUUAAUUGAAAGCAAGUUUGUUUUAAAUUAAGUGUUCAUCUUUGGUGUGGGAAGUUUAGACAUGGUUGGGCUGGGUGACUGGAUGAGAAAUAGAAAAUGAAACUGACUAUAAAUGGAAAGCGCAACUUUAGUUUCUUUGACUUAAUCUGAAUGCAGUGCGAAAAAGGUACAACAAACAGUAUAUCAAAUAUGAUGGAAAGUACAUGGAAUUUGUAAAGUUCUUUCCAUUUUGGGGGCACAGAAACUAGACAUACCCCUCAAACUAAUUCAAAAUACAGCAGUAAAACUUCAUUGUGCAAACUUGUAUCUUAAGGCAGGACUCCUUAAAACCUUUUCACCACUAAGCCCUCAAAUCAUAAACCCUUUCCCAGUUCUUCCCUGGAAUAAGGCACAGCAUUUAUAUAGAGUGUUAUACCCCCCACUGCUCCAUUCUACGCACCACCGUGGCUACAACCUGCUGCUGUUACACCCCCAUCCACAUAGAUUAUUCCCAUAUUACUAAUGGGGAAAGUUGAAACCCAGACAGGUUAAGUAACUUGCUCAAGGCCACACAGUGUAUCAGUGGCAGAACCAGGAUUACAACUCAGGUCUCCUGGCUCCCAGGACUGUGCUCAUUCCUACAGACCAUACUGCCUUUCUAAAAAGGUGGGCUGUGAACCCUUUGGCUCCAUAUGGGAACCAGUAAGACCUGGGAGGACAGGAGAUUUUGGUAGUGUCGUGCUACAUGUCAACCAGAAAAUGAGUAGCAUCCCGUACUGGAAGCCAUGAAAAGGAAACCAGCUUUCCAGUCUACACUUGACCAUCUUCCCAGGUACAUAAAGAGCCAGGCUCUGCUGAAUUGAAACGAAGCCAAGCCCAGGAAGUUCCGAAGACGUUGACUGGCGCGCGUGUUCUAUAGAAUGACCGCUAUUGGGCAGCCUUUUGUGAUGUUGCUAUGGGAGCAAGUAAAUAUCCCCUGCUAGGUUCCAGCAAUUCCAGGUGGACUCUGUGCAUCGUGGAUUUUGUGAUCCAGCCAGAGUACUUGUCCUACUCUAACGUACAUGGAAGAAGGACUACGUAUGUUGCUGUUCCUGAGCUCUGAGCUGUGGUUGCUGGGGUGUGUUCGUGGUGCCAGUAUACAGCAGACUGUAGGUAAUUGUUACUAUUAUUAUUUGAAUGGUGGAGGUGCCUACAAACCCUGUACAUGGACCACUGUACAAAAACAGAACAUUCCCUGUCUCAAAGAGCUUACACCCUCUAGCAAAGUCAGGCAGAAGGUGAUUUUGUUCGACCUUUAGCGUCCAACUGAUGCUCUAGUCGUGGCCUGUAUGGCACUGAGGAUUAGUAACUGGCUACAAAGUCUCUGAUAUCUAGAUCAUUAGCUGGAAUAUAGCCCAGGUUGAUCAUGGUGAAAGCUGUUAUCUCAUGGCUCUUUGGUGACUUCAUGAAACAAGUCGGUGGGCCUCAGACCAGUUCCUGAAGGAGGCGUGAUGACCUCCCCAAGAUGACCAUCCCAGUUAAACUCUUUGCUGGUAGACUCAGCAGAGAGGCCAAGGGCCCUCUCCCGCCUCGACAUGGUGACUCCACAUCAGAGAGGAGGCACAGUGGCAUGGAGGAGUGGGUGAAUGUUUUAUUGCCCAAUCUGUGGAUGGAAGUUUUCCAUCUACAGAGCUUUUGCCUUUUACCAUUUUUUGCCAUCGCAAAGUUCGCUGGCCUUUUUCAUACAACCUUAUUCAAUCCUGUUUCAGUAUAAGAAGUAGUGGUCAUGCCAGAACCAAUCCAUUAGCUGUGCGAGUGUCUCAUAAUGUGGGUGUAUUUGCAGCAUUAAGACGUUCUCUUGGUUACAUGUUUAAAAAUCCUCUUGUCUCUUUCUUCCACCACCCAGUUCUAAGUUCUUAGGGAUCUCUACUGUCCUUCUGAGUCCAGUGCAUGCUGUCAAUGGGAGCUUUGCCACGGAUUCCAGAAGUGUAGGAUCAUACCCUACGGGUAACAUACUGCUGCUCUCCCAGUAACGUCUGCCAUUUAGAACACUCCCCCUUCCAUAGCCUAUUAUCACUUCUGCCUAUCCCCAAACUGCUCUGUUUCCCACCCUCCCUGCCCAUGUAUCUGAUUUGACUCUCCACAGGGGAUCAGCUUUUCCACUGGAACAACUGGCAGCCCUGGGUCUGCAUGUGCGAGAUACACAAACAGGCACGAAUCCGGCACUUUGUGGUUUCGGCUGAAAACGUCACCGUGAACCUGAAGACUGCUGAAUUCUGGGAGGAAAAGGCCUGCUCCUUGCUGGAUUGUAUCAUGUGCAAGCCGGAGGAGUGUCCGGGCAGUCCUAGGCUAUCUGGCUUCUUGCCCCAAUUCGAACAUCUCUCCGUUUCAAAGCCCAGCAACGCUAACCCACCUCCCAUGAGCAUCACUGACUUCGAAUCUUAUGAGAGUCUCCCGGUGGUGGAUGACACAGGUGAGAAGUAAUGGCCUAGAGGGGAGUGAGGUGUAACUUUCUGAUGAUUGUGCUGUACUCUGCAGCAACAGACAGGACAGGAUUGAGGACAAGGCUUGCAGAGCACAUGGCAAGAUGGAGCAGAAGGAAUACAUGCUGCUGGAGCAACUGCUUGAACUGGACUAGAGAAUCUGGGCUGGAUGACUAAGGGCUGCAUUGUAUGACUCAGAACUGGUCAGCUGAGUUUGAAUAAAGUUAAAUGGAAAUGUAAUCAUCUUUGGAAAGUUAACUUUGCCUUUCCCCAUCUCGUGCGGCUCUCGUAUACGAAAGAAACCUCUGGGCCAAAGGCAGAGCUGGCAUAAACCUGUCGAGAUGCACCCCCCAUAGCCGGUCUGAAUUUGGCCCUGCAUUUGGUUUCUAUUUAUCCUGCCCUUGCCUCCUCACUGCAGCAGUCUGGAAACGCUGCCCACUCAGGGAACUUUUUACCCUGGGUAUUGUGGUAACAAGUCCAAUGAUACGGUGUUGGCCCAGUUGGACAUUAGAACCAUCUCUGAUUGCCCAAGUGAGCCUUAGAGCCCCUUCCUCCACUGACUGGACCAGGCCCCAAUAUGGUCUUCAUUUCUUGAGCAGCAGGAGGGCCCUUUCCUCAUUAACAGGACGAGGCUCCAGAGCCAGACCAGACCCUAGGACCGUUCUCUCUCCUUACUUAGCUGAACUGGGCCCCAGCUCUCUCUCUGUUCCCUCUUUUGCUAGGUUGGUCACGAAACUUUUUCCUCUCUCAGUAACUGCACUAUUCCUCUUGCCCAGUCAGCGUAUGCAAGGAGAGAGGCUAGGAACCCUCUACUGAAUGGGCUGGACACGGAUUUCUCUCAUGCCUCUCUGACUGUGUCCUGGGAUCUCCUUCCCAAGUACAAGACGGGAUUAUAUGUUCAGGAGCCAGGCUCUGAUCCCAUUUUCAUGGGGUAAAACUGGAGUAACGCCACCGAUACUGAUGCAAUGACUCUGGAUUUCUGUUGGCGUGACUGCAAUCACAAUUCUGUUAAUCAGAAUGGAAUUAACUAGUUCUGGGUAAGAACAAGACUCCUUUAGCCCUUUUUGGUAACUGACUAAUUGCAGUUAGUUGGCCAAAUCCUCCACUGGUGUAAAAUGGGCAUAAGUCCACUGAUGUCAACAGGGCUACGCUGAUUGACCCCAGCUAAGGAUAUGGCCCACUGUUGCACGUUGAGUAGCUUUCAAAAUGUCUGCCAAGCCCUUUUGACUAUUUGAAUCCCACCCUCUGAUCACCAAAUGUCUUUUCCUUCCUUCCCUCCCUCCUCCCCCUACAUACUUCAUUACGCAGAACGUUCUCAUGCAGACCUGCUGGCUCAGAGCAUCCGGGGCUAUACUCCGGUGUUGCCCUCAGCAACAGGAGUGUAUCUUUGUAGGAGACUUAAUCCCUCCCCCACCCCCCGUUAGUCACAGAACCCCCCAAUCCUGCCCCCAUGCUACCCUGGCCUCCAGUUAUCCCCAUUCUUGUGCUCUCGGAGCCUUUGUGUGUGUUUGGGAACUAAGCUUUCCACAGAGGGCACCGUCUCAGAGUCUUUUUCUUUCUUUUGAGCCUAAUUCAUCACACCAGGGGGAGGGAUAGCUCAGUGGUUUGAGCACUGGCCUGCUAAACCCAGGGUUGUGAGUUCAAGCCUUGAGGGGGCCUCUUAGGGAUCGGGGCAAAAUCAGUACUUGGUCCUGCUAGUGAAGGCAGGGGGCUGGACUCAGUGACCUUUUAAGGUCUCUUCCAGUUCUAGGAGAUAGGAUAGCUGCAUUAAUUUUUAUUUAUUUACAAGGCUCCUGAACUGCUAACCCCAUUCCCUUUGCAGUCUGCUCCGGCACACUUCACCUUUGAACAUAGGUGCCGACUUUUAUUUUUCCCCUGAGGUGCUCCAGCCCUGCUCCUCCCCAAGGCCACAGCCCCCACUCUGACCCUUCCCCCAAGGCCCCACCCUUGCUCCACCUCUUCCCACCCCCACGUGCCAAGGCCCCUGCCUGUCCGCCACUGGCUGCUCUCCGCCUUCCCCCAAGCCUCUCCUCGAGGCACCAAACAGCUGUGGCCGGUGGAUGCCGAGCACCCACUAUUUUUUUUCCGUGGGUGCUUCAGCUCCGGAGCCACCCACAGAGUCAGUGCCUCUGCCUUUGUAGUGGGAGGAGAUUCUUACUAACAUUCAUUUUCAUGUUAACCCCCUUUGGUUUGCUUUCUCUCUGAAUUGGUUUAGGGAGCAGUCUGAGGUUUCUACUUUAAGGGGGUGUGUGCUACUUUUCUGAAGCCUGGGACAGCUGGGUUGUGUAUUUACACUGUGAAUGACCAGAUGAUUUUUCUUUUUACGUUACUUGUAUAGCAAUGGCACGCAUUAUAAUAAAUGUAUGGAAUUUGUUUUUCCAACAGUAA